AUGUCUCCUAGUCUUCCGAUACGUGUAUUUGUGUACGGUACUCUGAAGAGAGGCGAACCGAACUCUGAUGUUCUUACAAACACCGAAGGACAGUAUCGACUCGUUGGAGAGGGACGGACUAAAAUACCAUACCCACUCAUCGUAGCCUCCAAAUACAAUAUACCAUUCGUGCUGAAUGAGCCCGGCAAAGGAUACCAAAUCCAAGGAGAAGUUUAUGAGGUUGACGAUGUGAAGCUAAAGGUACUGGAUGCACUGGAAGCCUAUCCCACACUGUAUUGGCGGCAGGAAGAAAAGAUUCUGAUGUCAGACAACACUGAGACGACAGCAUGGAUUUAUCUGAUGAGGAAAUGGCGACCGGAUAUAUACGAGCACUCAACGCCGAUGAUGUCGAACUACUCAAGUAAAGGCAGUCAUGGCAGGGAAUAUGUGACGAGGUAUUUAGGAUUUAUCCAAAAGUUACUCUCAGAUAAUAGGAUUCCUAGCAGUUCCAUUCAGCCCGAC